AGGGGGCGCCACAUCCGGGGCGGAGACGGUACCGCCAUGGCGGCGGCGUUCAAAACUGUGGAACCACUGGAAUAUUACAGGAGGUUUUUGAAGGAGAACUGUCGGCCUGAUGGAAGAGAGUUGGGUGAAUUUCGGACAACCACUGUCAACAUAGGUUCAAUUACAACUGCAGAUGGUUCUGCCCUGGUGAAGUUAGGAAAUACCACAGUGAUUUGCGGAAUAAAAGCGGAACUUGCUGCACCUGCAGUGGAUUCUGCUAAUAAGGGAUAUAUUGUUCCAAAUGUGGAGCUGCCAUCCCUCUGUGCAGAGAGGUUUCGCUCUGGACCACCUGGUGAAGAGGCUCAAGCAGCGAGCCAGUACAUCGCAGAUGUGAUUGAAAAUUCACAGAUGAUAGUGAAAGAAGACCUAUGUAUUGCCAAUGGCAAGCUUGCGUGGGUGUUAUACUGUGAUAUCAUAUGUCUGGACUAUGAUGGAAACCUUCUGGAUGCCAGUGUCUUUGCUUUGUUGGCAGCAUUAAAAAAUGUGCAAUUGCCAUUGGUUACGAUAAAUGAAGAAACUGGUUUAUCAGAAGUUAAUUUAAAACAGAAGAAUCCUUUGAUUAUCAGAAAGCAUCCGGUUGCCACAUCAUUUGCUGUAUUUGAUGACACAUUACUCAUUGUUGAUCCAACUGCUGAAGAAGAAGAUUUAGCAACUGGAACAGUAACCAUUGUAACUGAUGAAGAAGGCAGACUGUGUUCUGUCCAUAAACCAGGUGGAAGUCCUCUUACAGGAGCCAAGCUUCAGGACUGUAUCACCAGAGCAAUUACAAGACACAAAGAAGUAAAGAAGCUCAUAGACAAAGUAAUAAAAAGUAUAACACCCAAGUGAACAAAAAGAGAGCUCUUUUCAAAAAUGGAUUUGUAAAAAUUGUAUUUGUUACAGUGUUCACAAACCUUUUAUACUAAAUAAACAAAUAUCAAUACUACAUUUACA